AUGAGUUGGUGCACGAUCGAGUCGGACCCAGGCGUCUUUACCUCGCUCAUCGAAGACAUUGGCGUCAAGGGUGUCCAGGUCGAGGAGCUCUACUCGCUCGACCAGAGCGAGUUCCAGCAGCUCGCGCCGGUCUUUGGCCUCAUUUUUCUCUUCAAGUGGGAGCCCAACCACCGCGCCGAGUCGGCGCCAUCGGUCGGCCACGUGCAUCCCGACCUCUUCUUUGCCAAGCAGGUCAUUAGCAACGCGUGCGCGACGCAAGCGAUUCUCUCCAUCUUGCUCAACCUCGAAGCGUCGUCCAACGUGGACAUGGGCGAUACGCUCAAGGAGUUUAAAGGCUUUACGAGCGACUUUCCGUCGGACCUCAAGGGCUUGGCCAUCUCCAACAGCGACACGAUCCGCACGGUGCACAACUCGUUUGCACGCGCCGAGCCGUUUGUCAUGGACGACGAGAAGCCGUCGGCCAAGGACUCGGACGAGGUCUACCACUUUGUCGCGUACGUCCCGUUCCAAGGCCAAGUGUAUGAGCUCGAUGGCCUCGCGCCGGGGCCCGUGAGCUUGGGGCCGAUCGCGACGGGCGGUCUUCCCGGUCUCUCGUGGCUCGAUGUCGCGACGCCCGUGAUCCAGCGCCGCAUCGAAAAGUACGCGUCGUCCGAGAUUCGCUUCAACCUCCUCGCGCUUGUCCGCAACCGCCUGCAAGUCGCCCAGCACCACAUUGCGGAGCUUCUCGAGCAAGACCAGACGCCCCAUGUGGCGGCGCAGCUGCAGUCGUGGCAGCAGUGCAUCGUGGGCGAGGAGCAGAAGCGCGCCAACUGGAAGCACGAGAACGCGCGCCGCAAGCACAACUACAUCCCGUUCGUGAUCAAGCUGCUUCAGAUCCUCGCGCAAAAGGGCGAGCUCGACCCGUUGAUCAAGGCGCAGCUCGAAAAGGCAGCGCAGCAGACGCAAUGA